AUGGUAACUGCUCUUAAUUUUAUAUUAUUUGUUUACUUUUUACCUUUGGGCACAUGCACAAUUUUUCCAUUUGUCUAUCCACGAUUGAAAUUAGAAGCCAAAGAGCCUAAAGCUGCUGGUGAUCCUUUAUUUCUCUCAACCUACAUAAAAAAUGGAAAUAUUUCACUGGCGCAAAAUAUGUCACGAGUAUUACUCACUGAAAAGAUAGGAUUUGAAAGUCACGCCGGAUUUCUUACCGUUAAUGACAUUUAUAAUUCAAAUUUGUAUUUUUGGUACUUCCCGCCCUUUUCGAAAAAUAGAAAAAGUCCUUUAAUCCUUUGGUUGCAAGGUGGUCCAGGUGGAAGUUCACUUUUUGGCUUAUUUACUGAAGUUGGUCCGCUUGUAGCCAAAGAAGGUGGAUUCGGGUUAAGAAAACAUAAUUGGGCACUUAAUAAUCAUGUUAUUUUUAUUGAUAACCCUGUUGGCACUGGAUUCAGUUUUACCGAAAAAGAUCAAGGUUACUGUACUGAUGAGAAUUGUAUAGCGAAAAACCUUUAUGAAGCUUUACAACAGUUCCUUACUUUAUUUCCCAGUCUGAGGAAUAAUGAUUUUUAUAUCACUGGUGAAUCCUAUGCAGGCAAAUAUAUACCAUCGUUAGCAUUGUACAUACAUAAUAAAAAUAAUGAAGCCAAGGAAAAGAAAAUAAACUUACAAGGUUUAGCACUAGGAAAUGCAUACUGUGAUCCAGUUAACCAAAUAGAUUACGGAAAUUAUUUAUAUCAGCAUGGUUUAUUGGAUGAAAAUCAACGAAAUGUUUUCAUAGAUUUUCAAUCUAGCAUUGCAGCGGCCAUAAAUAAAGGAAAUUGGGUGCAAGCUGAUAUAUUAAUGGAUAAAUUGAUGGAUGGAGAACUUACGAAUGUUUCAUACUUUAAAUCUUUUACCGGAUUCGAUUACUAUUAUAAUUUCAUGAAGGCGGAAGACGAUGAAAACAUGACCGUUUUCAUUAAUCUAAUUCAUAACGACAAAGUAAGACGCAGCAUUCACGUGGGGGGUUUGCCGUUUCAUUCUGGAGAAGAAGUGCAACUACAUUUAGUGUACGAUUUAUUAAAAUCAGUCGCGCCGACAAUAGAAGAGCUUCUUUCACAUUACAAAAUGAUGUUUUACAAUGGGCAACUUGACAUAAUCGUAGCAUACCCGUUAACAGAAAAUUUCUUAAAGAAGCUGAACUUCUCGGCCGCGGAAGAGUAUAAACACGCUCCUCGUAAUAUAUGGGUAGUAGAUGGUGAUAUAGCUGGGUAUGUCAAGAAGGCUGGUAAUCUAACAGAUGUAUUGAUCCGUAACGCAGGGCAUAUGGUCCCACAUGAUCAGCCUAAAUGGGCGUUAGACAUGAUAACGAAGUUUAUCAGCGGCAAGUUUUAA